UCCAAACAUUUUUCAUAAGUUGGGAACACUGCAACUUUAUAAAUACAUAAAACAUGUCAUCUCUAAUAUCUUUCAGAUGAUACAGAUAUGUAUAGACAAUGUCAUAGUUUGAAUACGAAACCAAAUGUGCUUUGUCGUAAAUUUAUUAUGUGGUUCUGUACACCUCAUUAUACCAAAUCUGACACAUAAAUGAAGAUUUAAUAUGUUUGAAAAUCAAUUGUCUCAACUACAGUAUAGUGUUUCUAGUAGAGGAUGCAGCUCUUACUGGGUUUGCCUCUAAAUUGUGUAACUUUAUCAUCAUCAUUUUGUCACGGUCAAAUGAACAUCCAGUCUCCUCCCAACAUAAUGGUUUGGACAUAAUUAGAAUAUGGUAACUAUAUACUAUUUCUCUCAACAAUACAAAAAAAUUAACCCUGGUGGAAUGAAUUCCACAUUUUCUGGAAACAAACAAAGUGUCUUUAGAAAUAAGACUUCUUUUAGCCAAUAUACUUUGUUUUCACAGAUUUCUGUACUAUUUCGCAUUUUUGUAGUGUUACCGCUCUACUCAAUCCUGGUUUUAAACGUUCUACACCUGGAAUAACUUUUUUACACCACCAAAUAACGCACAUCUUGACAUGGAAAUACAUGUUAGCGAAGUCGCUAAUUAGCUUAGCGCUUGGCGCUAACUAGUAACAUCUCAAAAACAACAACAAUAAAAGCUAAACAGUACAAGAGGGUUCGUGUACUCACCUCUGAUAGACGGACAUGGGACUUAGCAAAACACUACACACACACACACUAGGUACUUUUUCCAAUUAACAAGACUUGAACCUACUGCUGGACAACUGAAAGACAAGGAGCAAUGAACUAUCUCUCCUGCCCUCUCGCUCUAAAAACAUAAUUUGCGCACAGAAGCGCGACUGCCAGUUCCCUGCCUAUCUCAUACACAAAUUUAUUUUCGAGUCUUUUGAAAAGGAAUAAAUUUCUCCCACAGUAACCAGCUGCAUCUAUCAUAACGUUGUGCGUGCGUCUGUGAAAGGUGUCCAGGCAGCAGAAGUGUCUUGAAUUUCGUUACGCUACUAGCGGCUGUCAUAAAGUUAUUAGGGAAAAGUGCGUUUUUGAACAUUUAUGAAUCGUAAUCAAAUCCUCUCGUGUCGAAUCGCGAUGCAUCUGAUAACUGAGUUUUUUGGCACACCCUUAAUAUGUGAAUGGCGGAAAACACUGAGGUGACUUGAAGUUCCCCUCUGAGACCCCCAAUUUGGCCAAAUUUCAAAGUUGCCCUAUAUGCAUGUGUGAUACAUCAUUGGAAAGCUUAAAAUCUCAAUUUUCUGGGGGAAGAAAAGUUUUGAACAGGAGGGUAUUUUUAAAAAACAAAAUUUUUUUAAACAGCAGAACCCUAACUGGAGGUGAGAGCACGCGAGAGCAGAAUUAAAGACGCCAUGAUUUUAACGAGAUAUUAUCGGGUACUUACAUUUUUUUAUUCAAAAACUCCACGUAGCAUGUAUCACCAAGUGUCAAGACACAGCUGUGAAUGGCCACAGCUGGAUUUUUGGCGGAUUUUAUGGGUGAAACGUAGUAAUAUAACAAGGGUCGCGAUGCAGAAAUCGCAGACAUCAAGGAGUGGUCGAGAUGUUCUUUUUCAUAUAUUUACCCUUAAAAAAAAUUUUUUUCUGUGUUUGGAUCGAUUAUUCACCACCUAAAUUAUUGGGGAAAAUGCGACAGUAACGAAAAAACAUACAAGAAACCUGAUAGUUAUGAGGUAGAUAUCAGUGUAUUUUUUACAGAUGUCCAUUUUUUCAUUGUGACUUAAUUUGUUUAAAAGUUAAAAAUAUGCGAGUGAAUAAUUUUUAAAGUCGUUUUUUUAAUGUAUUUAUUUUUAAAACUAAAUAUUAGACAUUGAUUAAUGAUUCUAAGCUAAAAAUGACAGACAUUUCGAAUAAUAAAUAUGAAUACUUACCUUCGUUUUAUGGCUAGGUUGAAACAAAAGCGGUUGCGCAACGUCUGUAAACGGGGGUUUCCAGGGUAAAACGGACAAAUUAAAAAUAGUUCGGGGGCUUAAUGCGCCAUGAAUCUGCUAUGGCAGCAUAUAGACAUAUUGUUCUAUCAAACACAACAGUUCCUUUGGCUUAAAAUACAGCAGUUUAUUUUAAAGAGGAAUGCAAGAGCAGAAACUGCUUUUUCAGCCUUGUCUGUGUUUUUCGCCCAUUACACAAUAAUAUGUUAUAGUAUAAAGUAAGUAAGUUUAGUGCAGUCAUGGACUAUAGACCCUACUCACAUGACGUCACAACCACGCCUCCGCGCCAUAUUGUCCGUCUACUCGUCGUGUUGACGCAUUACCGCUACGUAAAUUCCUCCUAUUAUGGCAAGAUUUUCUGCUCGUUAACAUUAAUAAUCCAAAUGGUGAAGGCGUGUGUCGCGGUUGGUUGCAAUAACAGAGAAGAUAGACUGAGAGACUUGAAGUUCUACCGUAUUCCGAGAGACCCGGAGAGGAGAGCGAGGUGGACUGCUGCAAUUCGACGAGAAAACUGGGCUCCAAACGAUUACCACAGAUUAUGUAGUAGUCAUUUUAUAUCUGGUAAGAUUUAUUUAAUAUAUAUUUAGAGGGUUUUGGGCUGACAAGCACAAUUAAGAUCAUUGCGUUGCUAAUCGCCGACAACAUGCAGUUUCAAAUUCAAGAUGCUUAUUUCUUCCACCAUCAUUACAUUUUGAAUAAUAAUUAGCUGGUACCAAGUGAAAGAAGCUGGUUUCGUCUACGGAUCAUCAGUUAAACAGGUGUGUCCAAACCUUUUGCAAAGGGGGCCAGAUUUGGUGUGGUAAAAAUGCGGGGGUACCUUGGCUGAUUUACAUAGAACAAUAUAUUUAAACAAAUUUUAGCAAGCCCUUCUGUGUGUCACAUUUGCUUUAUUAUUUUUUAUAAUUCAUAAUUUCAACAGUCUCGUCUUUGUGGCGUUCUCUUUUGACACUCGGGCUCUUGCGAAAUACUGCUGCUGUGAAAUUAAACUAGCUUCAAGUUGCUAUAAUUUCUCGCUGCAUAUCUUCCUUGUAAUGUUGUCAUACAUGUCAGUGUGUCUUGUUUGCUAAUAUCGCGUCACAUCGAACUCUUUAAAAACAGCGACUGUCUCUUUGCAAAUGAGGCAGACACAGUUGUUGCGUAUUUUAUUGAAAAAAUAGUCCAAUAUCCACUUUUCCUUGAAGCAUCGGCCAUCGCAGUCAACUUUUUUUUUUUUUUUUUGAUUAUCGCCAUUUUAGAAAAUUGGCGUAAUGUUGCUGAGAGUGCUGCUCUUAAAGUUUUUCAAAGUUUCGUGUGAAUAGGCUGAGUUUCUGUGGACAAGAUAGUUGUAGAUAUCAGGGUAGCAGAUGUCAGGCAGAGACGGCGAAGACAGCAGGUCGAAAAAUAUCGAUUUAGGCAUCAAAUAUGGAUCUGGUGAAUGAAUAGACUGAAGCUUUUCCACAUAACGCCUUUUAUGCAACGCAUCCAAUGAGUUUACAGCGUCUGAAAGCACCGGGGCUUCCACGAAUUGCACUAUAAAUUGCACGACAAAUUGAAACCAUUGAGAAUACGGAUAAACAAAGAUGGACAAUAUGGCGGCCGGAUACAGCGACACGUCAUUCUGUGACGUCGGUGAGUAGGGUCUAUAGUAAGCAGGCCAGUGUUUCCAUGAAAAAAAAAAAAAAAAGUUAUUUUCCAAAGCUGGAUCCUUCAUUAUUCUACCAAAUACAAUCUGCAUGCUGUGCACAAACCACAGAGACCAUGAGACCUACAGCUUUCGGGAGCAGCAGCAGAGUAAAUAAAUAAAUGUCACGUAUCACUGGAGUUAAGUACUUGAAAAUAACAGUAAUUUAAUGAUACACGUUGAUACGAUGCGCAUUGAGAGCAACUUUAAUAAAAAAUGUCUUUAGUUAGGUAUAUGGACUUAGGAUCUGCAACCUUGUUGUCUCUUGUCUUCUUCCAAAAUUACAACUGGGUGACGGCACUUCAGGUGUUCAUUCACGGCUGAAGUGCUGCCGUGGUAUGCAAGCUUGGCAUAGCAGAGACUGCACACGACAGUGUACCAUCCUUUGUUUCAUUGAAAUAAGUCCAUGCUUUGGCCACUCUGGUGCGCUUUUCUGGCUUUGUGCCACUUUCCUCGCUUGCAUCCUGAGCGUUCGCCAUUCUCAACCUUCCAUGCAUAUAUUUUUUUAACCCUUCACUAACCGUCAUCAAUGACGUCGACUUCGUCGACUAGUCGUUACAGCUCUACACACAACACUCACAAAAAGUGUGGGGGCUUUGGUAUUUCAGGAUGAACCUACAACAUUGCACUAUAACCUUAACAGGUUUAAAAAAAAAAAAAGCACUAGAACCUUUUUCAGGUGAACGUAAUAUGAUCUUUUAAUGUUUGAAUGCAAAUGUUGUAGACAUGUGCCGGUUACCGGUUUCACGGUUUACCGUGGUGUGAAAACGUCGCGGUUUCAAAACCACUAAAAUUUUCCGUCAUACCUUAGUACGGUAUUCGCUAUUUUUCAUGUGCCAAAAUGCAGCCGAAGUGGCUUGGUGCGGCAGCGCUCACCCCUUCCCGUUUGUUGCCGUGAGUGUCACUAAACAGCCAGCAAACCCAAAAACAAAUCCUCCAAACACAAGGCGUACUUUUCUUCAACUUAUUGAGCUCUCAAAUCGUGGUGAAAUAUACAAAUGAAUACAUUUAAAACGUUGUACAAUUGUAUUUUUCCACGUGUGAUUAGGUUCAACAGGAUAUCAGUAGCACCAUUAAAAAGUUCGCCAAAAACAAAACGCACAUUUUCCUUUCAAAUUCAAUAUACAAACUAACUAAAACUUACAAAGACGAAUGUUAGCCUAGGCUAAGCUGGGGGACCAGCUUCAUCGAGGUUUUAUGUCUCACAGCCGCUGAGUGAGAGAAGCUUGAAUGAAGGGGGGAAAGAAAAAGAAUUGCGUCAAAGAUCGCUAAUUGAGAAAGGAAGUCUCACUCCUCACUUUUUUAUUUAUUUAUUUAUUUUUUUUAGAUGAAACCUUUCCUCAACAAUAUUUACAUUUUAACUAAUUUAUAAAACUAACUGAUACAUUUUUAACUAACUUAUUAACUUAUGAAUUCUUUGUUCUUUUUAACACAAAGGCAUGGCAUCAUGUAGACUAGAGUUGACAAAGUGGCUGAAAAUGGCGAAACUUCACUUGAGCUUCCCCCCUCAAAAAAGUCAUACAAUAUAUAUUUUUAAUUUUAUUUAGAAGUCUUUUUACUCUUUAUAGCAAUUAUUUUGUUCUUACUCUAAUAUUGAGCAACUUGAGCUGUGGCUGUGGGUAUAGUCUAGGUUCUAUUUAUUUUAAUUUUAUAUAAAAUAUUUGUUAUUUUUUGUUUAUUUAUUUUCACAUUAUAGUCAUGUUCCAAUUUGCAAAUGUUUUGAAAAAAAAUCCUGUUCAAUGGAAUAUUUUUUUUUUUUUUAAACCCAUACAUCUCAAAAUUUUGGAGCUAUAAUUGCAAUACCGUGAUACCGUGAAACCGCGGUAUUUUUGCUCACGGUUAUCGUACCGUGAAAAUCUCAUACCGGCACAUGCCUAAAAUGUUGUAUAACUGUUACAUAUUUAAUUUCCUUUUGCUUGCCUGUUUUUAUUUAUUUAUCUUUUUUUUUGUAAAAAAAAAAAAAACCCUGAACAGCAAAAUUCUCAUUCAAAAUCCAGCUGUUGUUAAAGAACAUAAAGUUUUGAACAAAUUACUGAAACACUUUGAAGCAGUUGGACAUGUCCAUUUAAAAGUUUAGAUGACCUAUAAAGGUUUUAUUGCCUAGUCAUUCUGAAAUUUCACCUACAAGCCAAGUACUAUAAACCCAACCUUUUGUAAUUAUGCUUUUCACCACACCUCUAUUACCUUUCCUCUGAAUACAAGUAAACACAAAGUGGACUAAAGAUGAUCCCACAUUCCUAAUUGAACUAUGAAUUGCAAACAAAUUGCCAGAUAAUAUAAAAUGCAAAUGUGUUGCAAUACCUGUCUUGGCGUAACCCUGCUACUAACCAGUAAAUAUAUGUCGAUUAAAAUACUGAGCACCUGCACAUGCUCUGUGCACAUUUACUAAAUGCAAAGCAGCACUCGAUUGCUGAGGUUUCCAGUUUAACAAAAGACACAACCUCUCAUGUUGUCAUGACACUGCACGGUUGUGUCUAAGACUUGAAAAUGAACAAAUUAUACAGUACGUACACAGUAUAUUAUAAUCACGAAUCAUGCUUUGAACAACACAGCAUUGCAUCAUUGACCCAAUCGAUUAUUUCAUGACACUGGUGGGAAAAUAGUAAUAUAUUUUUUGUAAUAAGUUAGUAAUUCAAAUCUUAUGACUGAUGUUUGUAACGUAGACAUAAUGAGACCCUUUGAAGUCAUUAUUUAUGCCAAUUGACUGAGCUGUUUAAUUUACAGAACAGCCUGUUUCCCUGGUGAGGUGGACCAGUGGGUGACCAUCUUCCUUCUUUGCUACCUCUCCUGUCAUCUGCACUGAUAGCUGACCUUUGCACUUAAAUCUCAGACAGGGAAGACCAUAGACAUGACCCUACUAUGAUCCAGCACAUCUUCCAAUCCAAACACCAUGGAUUUAUUCUUCCAGCGUCAUUUUCAUCGAUGGCAAAAGAGACAAAAGUACUCGGUUCCUGUCUCUCAGCCUGCAGUUCUAGUCAGCAAAGCACGGAGGCGUUCUAGUGUUGGGCUGCCCUCUGCAGCGCUACUAGAAAGCAGGCGUUCCUCAAGUGGCUUGCCACCACUUCCUUAUCAGAGGCGCCCCAGUGUUGGCAUUUUGGUGGCCAGUGGACAGAAACGACAUUCCAUUAAAGAUGGCGCCUUCACCAACUCAAGCGACUCUGCAGAUGAAGCUGGAUUUGCGAUACCUAAUAUUUCAAUGAAAAAAGAAGGAAGUGCAUUUCAUUACAAACGUAAUGGACACCAAACCUCCACAGUUUUUUCGAGUGGGCAUCGAAGAAGGGCAGUGCGUUACUGUCGACCCUCCAAAGACAAUUCAAUUCAACCUCAUUUGCUUUGUUCCUCCAUGCUACUUGCAAGUGUUGUCCAGAUGGGUAGUAGUGCAAAAGAAAGACAAGCGGAAGAAUCUAGUGUCUCACUUAGUUCCUGCUCUGGAUCAGAUGGUGAGAAUGCCUGCGUCCAGGAAGAAGAGGAAAUCGAAGUGAAAAUUGAAAAUCCCAAUCAAAUAAGAGAUGACGGGCCUGGAACUCGAGUGCAUUUACCCAAAGUGGUUGCAAGGGAAAGCAUUAAACCACGACCCUUCCUUCGACCUCCUCGUUGUCUAAGACGGAACUCCUCCCAUCUCCUCCCAGCUGAGUUCAUCUAUCGGACCAGCGAAAUGCGUUAUGGCCUUUAUGGUCGCUAUAAUCAUCGGAGGUCGAGUAAUGGUCCUGAAGUUAUAAACACACGGUUUCAGAAUUCCACCAGCAGCCGCAGUCUAAAGCAGAUAGUCUCAGCAGAUCUAAAGUUGGAUCCUGAGCCACUACUUUAUGAACCUACUCUCCCUAAAAGCAGCUCGUCCCAGCUCAGUGAAUCGGAGGGCUUGACAUACUAUGAUCCAUAUCUGGAAACAUGGGAGAACUUCCUAUCGAAAGCAAUAGCAAAAUCUGGUCUACAAAAUCUGCCCUGUCAACCCACUACUUCAUCUUUAACUCGACUAGAGCCAGAAUCAAGGAUCCGCAGCACUGUUGACUGGACUGAGUCUGCUCAGUAUGGAGAUCAUAUCUGGUUUGAGACUAAUGUGUCUGGAGACUACUGUUAUGUGGGAGAACAACACUGCAUUGCCAGAGGACUGCAAAAGUCAGUCACCCGGAGGAAGUGUGCUGCUUGCAAGAUAGUUGUCCACACUAUCUGUAUUGAGCAGCUGGAGAAGAUUAGUUUCAGAUGCAAGCCAUCUUUCAGGGACUCUAAUUUCAAAAACAAUCGAGAGCCCAAUGUACGUCAUCACUGGGUCCAUCGACGAAGACAAGAUGGAAAAUGUAAACAAUGUGGCAAGGGUUUCCAGCAGAAGUUUACCUUCCACAGUAAAGACAUUGUUGCUAUUAGCUGUUCUUGGUGCAAACAGGCGUUCCACAACAAGGUGUCCUGUUUCAUGUUGCACCAAAUUGAAGAAGUUUGUCCAAUAGGAGCUCACGCUGCCCUCAUUGUUCCACCCUCAUGGAUUGUUCGAGUACGGCGCUGCCAGGCAUCUAUGAAGUCAAGUAAGAAGAAAAAAAGGACAUCCUUCAAGAGGAAAAGCAGUAAAAAAGGAGUUGAGGAUGUACGACAAUGGAAGCCCUUCAUCGUACGGCCCAUUCCUUCGCCAUUGAUGAAACCGCUGGUGGUGUUUGUCAACCCCAAAAGUGGAGGAAACCAGGGCACUAAAAUCCUUCAGUCUUUUAUGUGGUAUCUGAACCCGAGGCAGGUUUUUGACCUGAGCCAAGGAGGACCCAAAGAGGGUUUGGAGCUGUAUCGUAAAGUUCAUAAUCUCAGGAUUCUGGCCUGCGGAGGAGAUGGAACAGUGGGAUGGAUCCUGUCCUGCCUUGAUGAACUUGCGUUGAAUCCUCAACCACCUGUUGCAGUGUUACCACUUGGGACAGGAAAUGACCUCGCUCGAACUCUCAACUGGGGAGGGGGCUAUACAGAUGAACCUCUAUCCAAGAUUCUGUCUCAUGUUGAGGAUGGAACUGUAGUCCAGCUUGACAGGUGGAAUCUAUUGGUUGAAGCCAACCAGAGUGCCGGCGCUGAGGUGGAUGAGCAGCAAACUGAUAAGCUUCCCCUGGAUGUGUUCAACAAUUACUUCAGCCUAGGAUUCGAUGCACACGUAACGCUAGAGUUCCAUGAAUCAAGAGAGGCCAACCCAGAGAAGUUUAACAGUCGUUUCAGGAAUAAGAUGUUCUAUGCUGGGACUGCAUUCUCAGAUUUUCUCAUGGGAAGCUCGAAAGACCUGUCAAAACACAUCCGUGUUGUGUGUGAUGGGACAGAUUUAACAUCAAAGGUUCAAGAUUUAAAGCUUCAAUGUUUGGUGUUUCUCAACAUCCCCAGGUACUGUGCAGGUACCACACCUUGGGGAAACCCAAGUGAGCAUCAUGAUUUUGAACCUCAGCGUCAUGACGAUGGAUACAUAGAAGUCAUUGGAUUCACCAUGACAUCAUUGGCUACACUUCAGGUUGGAGGUCAUGGCGAGAGGUUGAAUCAGUGCCGUGAAGUAACCCUCACCACUACGAAGCCUCUUCCUGUACAGGUGGAUGGGGAACCAUGUAGACUCGCUCCCUCCAUCAUCAACAUCAGCCUUAGAAACCAGGCCAAUAUGGUCCAGAAAACCAAAAGGCGAACAUCGUUGCUACACCUCAAAGAUCAACAGCCGGUCCCGGAGAGGCUGAGGCUUCGAGUCAACAGAAUCAGCAUGAGUGACUAUGAUGCUCUGAACUACGACAAAGACAAAUUGCGACAAGCGUCUAUUCCACUUGGAAUUAUAGUAGUUCCAGGUGACAGCGACUUAGAGACGUGCAGGGAACAUAUCCAGCGUUUACAAGAGGACUUCUCCUCUGUUCAUUCCUCUUUGAGAUGUAAGGGACCUAAGAAAGAAGCUGUCAAGACAAAGAAUAUUUCCUUGCAGCGAUUGUCCCCAAAGUGGUGUUUCCUUGAUCCAACCACAGAGGAUCGUUUUUACAGAAUUGACAGAGCACAGGAACAUCUGAACUAUGUGUCAGAAAUUUCCCACGAGGAACUCUUUAUCCUAGACCCAGAGUUGAUUGUUACUAUGACAGUUAGCACCUCUCCUACUGUGAUGCCCGACCUGGUCCAUCCUUCAUCCAGUUUGGCCAAUAACGGGGAAAGCAGUUUAAAUCAGAAUCCCAUUGAUGUGUUUGUCUUCCCUGUGGAUUCCUGUCUCUCUCCAUCAUCAUCUUGCAAGAUGAACAGUGACAGCUCUGCCUCAGCACUGAGUUCAACACCUGAGGCUAGAUAUCUACAAAGAAAAGGUUGUAUCCAGCGCCCUAUCAACACUAAUGAUGAGCUUAAAAUAGUAAUGAGACAUGAAAUGGAGCAAAAGUCAAGUGCUGCAGGGGGAGAUGAAGAAAAAGAGCUGCUGAUACAGUGUGUAAAGAACAACAAUAUGAAAAAGCUUCAGGAGCUACAUGAGAAAGGAUGUGACCUCACAUGUGUUGACCAAUCAGGCUGCAGCCUGCUGCACCAUGCUGUCAGUAUGGGAAGCAAGGAGAUGGUUCGCUUCAUCCUUGACAACGCUCCAAAUGACCUCAUUGAUGUGACAGAACACAUAAAGGGUGAAACAGUUCUUCAUCGAGCCGCGUCACUGUGUCACAGGACCAUCUGCCAUUACCUGGUAGAAGCAGGAGCCUCGCUGAUGAAAACUGACAUGCAGGGUGAUACCCCAAAGAACCGAGCCGAGAGGGCUCAUGAUGCUGAGCUGGCAGCUUACCUGGAGAACCGGCAACACUACCAGAUGAUCCAGAGGGAGGACCAAGAAACGGCUGUCUAAGCAUCUUAAGAUCUAAAGGACUAGAAGCUGCACAGUGAGAGUGGAGCUGUGCCAAAAGUCAUCAUGACGUGGACAAGUACAUACCGUAUUUUCAAAGAAAUAUCUCAGGACAUUUUAUUUCCUGUAGUCGCAGUAGAGCAAACACAGUUUGUUGAUGUGUUGUGACGAUAGCUGGCGCUGUAGUCGGGGAUCACAAAAACGUAUGACGUAACUACAAAUGUUUGAGAUUUCAAAAUGUACUUUUUUUUUAAAUUACUUAAAUAGACAUUGCCAUCAAGGGGCCACUAUGUUUUGUUUGUUUGGACCCAAAGUUUCUCUUCACAUGACUGACAAAGCAGGAAUGGAUAUAAAACUAGAAGCCUAAUAUAACAAAUGCGUUCCUAAUUUAGUUGUAUUUUUGUUGUUGCCUUUUUUACUUAAGUGUGCAUACUGCAUAGUAAAUUAUUUUAAAAGUUGCUUGUAAAGCAGCUGGCCAAAUAUUCACGUACCAAAAAGAUGGCUCGAAUUUGUUUAAAACUUUUAGCAUUUGAUGUUAGCAUCUUUAAGUUACAACAUCAUUUGUUUGUAUUUAUACUUGCCAAUUUUACCUUUCGAUUUUGUUGAUACACUGGUUGUGAGAUAUUUUGUUUGUUUUGUUUUGAUGUCUGUACGUAGUUAAUAAAAAAAAAAAGUCCAGUGUUUUCAGUUCCUGUUCCACUGUUUUUUUUUUUUUUUUUGGUUACUCAAAGCAUGAUUGUUCAACUACCAUAAUCGUCAACAAAUUGUUAGCAAUUUCUGAACAAAAUAUUAAUUAUUGGUUGGUAUAGACAAAAGUGGUCAAAGUUUAUUUAACUACAUAUGUUUUUUCUCUAUUAGCCACAUCAUUAUACAACGUUAGACACAUUUCAUUAAUGUCAUUUUGACAUUUUUUAAAUUACAUUUUAACACAAAUGUCUGGUCUAUUUGAGUUUAUGUAUUAACAUAGUCAGAUGAUUACAUCUAAACCCUUUUAGACAAUGGUAACAUUUCUAAUGAUUUUCUUCAACAACCAAAAAGUAAUAUGACGAGCCUGAAUUUGAAAAUAUGAAGAAUAGACUUCAUUAAAAUCCGAUCGAAUAUUUAGGUAUUUACAGUAAGGGCCGUUUUAUUCGUAGUACUUUGAGUGGGUGUGGCUAAAGAAUGGCAGUUGAUUCACAAGAAAUUCAUUAGCCAAGUGCGCUCUAGUCUCUAGUUACUGCAGGACAAGUUGAUAAUAGUCUGGAAAUGAUAUACGUAACGUCUUGAGUUGGCAUUUGAUAGCAGUUUGAAUGGUCAAAUACAAAGAGCUCAAUUUAACAGGGUAUCCGCGGGGUCUUAAAAAGUCCAAAAAAGUCUUAAAUCCAACAAUUUAAAUCUAAGGCCAGAAAAUGUCUAAAAUUCUCCUAAGAUCUUAUAAAAGGUCUUAAAUUCUAUUUGGAGAGGUCUUUAAAAUAUAUUGACCUUACUUUUAUUCAGAACAUGCAUAAAUUUUAGUCUAAUUUUUAAAUGUUUCGAUUUUUGAGGACGCUAUGUCGUAACUACAAAGCGGAACUACCUGUGCUGCCUGGUAGGAAUUUAUCAAACGCAAGCAGGUUUUGCUGUGCGCCCGCAGUUGCGUGUUGACAGUUUAGUUAGCAUAGUCAUAGCGGAGGAAACAUUUACAGAUUUUAGAUUGACUGAAACCGAUUUACAGUAGUUUUCAUAGAUGGGUAAGUGCAAAUUUGUGAUUCUUGGCUCGAGAACGAACAGUUCAGCACAUUGUUGAAGCCGGUAGAGGGAAACUCGUAUGAAGUUGAUUGCACUUUGUCCAAGAAAAUUUUAAAACUUGGAACAUUGGGUAUCAAGGCAUUGGAAUCCCAUUACAAAUUUGUCCCAAGAAAAUUUUAAAACUUGGAACAUCGGGUAUCAAGGCAUUGGAAUCCCAUUACAAAUUUGAAAAGCACAAGGCGGUCAUAAAAUGCAUACAGCAAACACCGUUUGUGUUUCACGUGUUUGUUUACAAAGCAGAAUAAAUUCAUAUACUUUGCAAGUAAUUCCAGUCUUCCAAUUUUAUUUCAAAUCUUUUGAAAAUUUUUUGCCGUUAUCGAUGUAAAAUGGGUCUUAAAUUGUAUUCAUUGUGGGCUUUAAAAGUCUUAAAUUUAGCUUGUAGAACCCUGCAGAGACCCUGUUCAAGAAGAGGACACCAACAGAGUAGUCUGAUGAAAACAUUAUGCGUAAAUGUGUACAAAAGUAAAUUAUAUAUUUGAUGGG